AUGGCGUUUUCUAAGGCACUUUUGUUUCUUUUUCUCGUUACGCUCACUAAUUUCCGGGAGAUCGCUUGUAACUCGUCUUCAUCCACUGGAAAUGAAGAAGCUUCUUCUUCUUCUCCCUCCUCAGAGAACAAUGGCUGUUACAAACUCAAAUCCACCGUUUCCACUCUCCAAUUAAUCAUCGAGGAGAAAAACCAAGAACUGCUUAGCAAGGAAGAGAAAAUCCGAGGACUGGAGUUGUAUAUCCGAGAAAAAUCCUACUUGUUUGAGAGUGACAUAGAUUUUUGCCAAUCUGAGAGCUCGCUGCAACACGCUAGUGAAGCAGAAGAAAAGGUUUAUGAACUUGAGAAGCAGGUGUUUAGACUAAAACGUGAAGUGGAAUUGCAACGGAAGAGACGGCUUGAAGUGGAAACUAGAGUUGAAAUCGCAGACAAGAAAGUUGCAGAACUUAGCUCAAAGCUUAAAAAUAUUGAUGGGAAGUGGUUCUCUUCUAAGUUUGGUCUUAACCAGAAUAAAACUCAGGCAUAUCUAAUAACUCUAUGGCACCAACAUAUUAGCCCAACUCUUCAUAUCACUCUUCAAAAGGUGUCCCGGAAAAUUGAACAGGUCCAGAAAUGGUCAGAGCCUCACAUUGAAACACUGAACUCAAAAUGGAUUCCAAGCAUCAAAGAUGCUUUUGUAACAUUAACCAUUUACCUCGAACCAAAAGUUCAGUAUCUAACCGACAAGUCCAUCGAAGUGUUAUCUAUCUCCAAGGAGGCUUUCACACCACAUCUCAUCCAAGGAUAUGACGUUUCAUGCUACUAUCUUGAGGUAAUCAGGACACAUACACACCCAUACGCGAGCCAAAUCAUGACCAUAGCGAAACCACACUUGGAGAAAGUGCAAGUUGUCUUAGAGCCAUAUACCAAAACCGUAAGAGAUGGCUUUAAGAAGCUGGUUAACUCCACCAAAAUCUACCAUCAGCAGGCUCAAGAAAUGCUCAAGAACAAUGAGGUUACGAAACCGAUUGCUACCAUGGAUUUAGCUUGGGUUGGGGCCACGGCGUUGAUUGGCUUCCCUCUAAUAUUCAUCAUCAAAUUGCUUUCUGCAGUCUCCAAUCCUAAGAGGAAAAAGAGAUACAGCCAUAAACAAGAAACCAUCACCGGGUAUCGCAGAGCCAAGCGUCGUCAUCCUCACCAUUGA